UUUUUCAGUCUUCCAAACAUUUUGAUGGCAAAAUGUGGAUUUGAACUUUAGCGAGCUGAAUAUUUUAGCAAAAUUUUUGCGCAUAGAAAAUACAGGUCUGCUCAGAAAUUUUGAAAAACUGCAACAAAGGCAACCUAAGGAGAUAACUGUAUAUGGUCUUUUGACAAACUCAGCUAAAUUUGCCAACUAAUUCUCCACAAAAACGCUCUGUUACAGAGAGAGAUAUUUGCGACUAAACAAGAGAAUGCAGGAUAUUGCAAGGGCCGGAAUUAAAUUAGCUCCCUAGUUGCACCUGAGAACAUUCCAUAUUCCAUAUAUAAAAUAAUAUAAAAACCACAAUUAAAUCAUGAAGUUAUUUAAAUACGUGCCCACAUAAAUCAGACUGAUUUUUUGUUUUUAGCGCCAGUGCAAUGGACAAUAAAUAAAUGUGCCCGCAAAUGAUAAAUGCGGUUGAUUCGCUGAUCUACAUUUUUUCGCGAAACCACAAAUGUACGCCUUAUAAUUCAUAGUCAACCGUAGCAGCAGUUGCAAUAAUAUUCAUCUUCCUCAGAAUAAAAGUAAGAGAACAUAGGGCUCAUUGGGCCAAAAGCUACAUUGAUGUAUGAAGCAAUGCUGCCUCAUAUAGAAGAGUGCUAUUAAAUAUUUAAACGGUAAAGACUACAUGAACUGCAAAGAAAAAUUGCAAAAAAUAACGUUUAGAAAUUGUCACCGACUUCCCCUAAAAAUAUUUAAUGCAGUUAUUAGUUGCAUUUUUCCUCGGUUAGAUGUUACACAAAAAAGAACGGAUAAAACCGCAUCAGGUACGCAACAAAACUACCACCACUAGGUGGAUUUACGUAAAUUAAUUAUAUAAGUUUUUUGUAUAAAACUGGGUAUUUGCCUUUGGUUGUACAAGAUCACUUUUGACCUGCUGCGAUUGAUUGGGUGCAGAAUUAUGACAAUUUUUGUGAGUAAUUUUCACAAAUUUACUGUCUUCCUUUAGUGUUUUUACUUAUAAGAUUUUCGGUAAUUUUGUUGAACUUUUCAUAGAUUACCCGGAUAAUUGCAUUAACAGUAAUAUUGGGGGAUGCAAUGAUAGAGGCUGAGGACAGUUUUUCAUUUUUCAACUUCCGCGGUCCCGUCAGUGGCAAAGUCCAAGAAAUUCAAGUGAAAAAUUCGUUUGGUCCAAACAACGCAGAAAACCGAGUGGAUUAUAUGGCAAAACCCGAUUACUAUUUCCACUAUGGGGUUCAAGAUACGAAGACUGGAAACUCGCAAGGGCAUAAAGAAGUAAGAAAUGGUGAUUCAGUCGAAGGAGAAUACCGGGUGUUGCAAGAUGACGGUUUGAUCAGAAUAGUGCGUUACACUGCAGACCCAGAAAAAGGUUUUAUGGCCUACGUCCACUAUGCCGAACUGAAUUCUCGCAAUGAAGAUCCAAAUGAUGAAGAGAUCAAGGAUCAAAUGCAAUGACCAAAGAUUGAAAAUGUCCAGUGUUUUUGGCCUGCGGAGAAACGCAGGUCUUGAUGUAUAUAAUAUAUUAUAUAAUAGUCAUUAAUGUAAUUAAGCAUUAGGUAGGAUGGAUUUCUUGUAUGUGUACUUUAUAUAAAAUGCAAUAAGUUUCUCCAUUCGAUACCAACUCGAAAAAAAUUGUGAUUUACAUUUGCUUUAACAUGAUUAAUUUUUGUGUUUUCUCUGGUAUAUUCUAUAUGGGUAAAAUCUAUCAAAAUUCAGUAAAACUGUGUUAAUUGUUUGAUUAAAUACAUAUAAUGAUUGUGAACUUUGCCUAUAUUUGUAGCUUAAUUCGUCUUUAUUAAUUAAGAGCCAUUAAAAGUAAUUAUUUAGGAAUAAUGUACAGACUCCAGAUAAU